GUUUCCGACCCUCGGUACCUCCUCAGAGCGCUUAGCUGGGUAAUACCCGAUCGCUUGACCUCUUUACUUGCUGAACAACAGGAAGAUCGGCUGGCUGCCUUCAACUCCUUCACCCAGCUUUUGAAUAUGUUCUAUUUCCAAAAGAGACCGGUGGAAGUGGAAUACAAUAGAAUAUUCGCUCCUAUGGGUGCAACACAAUCUCCUAUCUCAUCUCAGGUUUUCUACCCAUCAUCGAUCACGGGGUUGCUUGUCUUGUUCUUGAUCAUUUUAAGACCGGUGGAAUGCCCACUUUUGCCUGCUCUUUGCCUCCUCUCCUGGCAAAGCAUAGAUGGAAGACUUAGGUCCAACAGCCGGUUGACUCUAUUUCGCGAUGGCAAAUCCCGACUCCAUUCUAUUAAGCUAUUUAUUCCACCAUCCAAAGCGAAGGAGAAAGAUCAAAUCUCAGAGCGUCUCCCUUGCCCGAAAAGUACUCCUCGAAGUGAUGAAAAGCGACGUUCUUUGUGA